ACUAGUGUAAAAGAUAUCGAUUGGGUUUGCAAAUAUUUUCGUUGGCUCGCAAAUUAAUUUAUUAAAUUUAAUUCAAGUGCAUCAUACUUUCAACAGUUUCUAAGAAACAUAUUAUAAACCGGUAAUGAGUGUUAUUUGAAAGGGUUUUCAUGUAGUGCAUAAGUCUGAAAUUACAUUGCUUGGACGUUGAUCAACGUGUUGCGCUUUUCUUUUUUAUGCUACAAAAAUCCUUGAAAAAGCUUUUGCCGAAGGCAAGAGCACAUAGAAUCAUAAGCGCAUCCAAUCAUACAUAAAGGAAUUGUAAGAUAAGAAGCCACUGAUAAAACAACCAACAAAACGAGUUGCAGUGAAAAGUGUAGUUUUUCAUUCUAAAAAACAAAACGCAAGCACUAAAAUUGGACUACAAAAAAAAAAGAAACAAAUAAACCAAAUUAUUAAUUCCAAACGAAUCGUUUCAUCCACUCAUCAACACUUUGGGGCACGUCAAAUUCAAUUUUCUAACAUUUUCGGAUUCUGAAGUGCGUCCAUUGGAUUGGGUUUGGUUAAUCAUACAUUGCCGUGCAGGGACAUCGCACAUCACUCCCACUACAAUCACCACUACCAUCACCACCACAACCACUACUAUUACUACCAUCUCCAACCACAGCCAAUAGUGCCCAUACAGGUGAUUUAAUCACCACACAAACAAACGUAAUUAGGUUGCAGGACAUCAUCGUCAUCUCAGUGCUUUGUUUUGCAUAUUUGUGGUAGCGCAUGUUGGCCGAAACAAAUAAGCAGCUAAAAAUUGCUUACACAAACCUAACCUGCAAAGAAAAAAAAAAUUAACAAUUAAUUUGCAAACCGAGCGUCGCUCAUAUAUCAAUCAUAAAUAAGCAAAUUGCUAAUUACACACGCACGCACACACAGUGCUGCUCACCACAAUGAGUUUGUGGAAGAGUAUCGUACGCUCUCCGGAGCUUGAAAAGCGCAUGACUCAGUACUACGAUGUCAAGGGCCUCGCCGAGAUACGCGUGCAAUUUGCAUCGUGGAUUGAAGAGUUCAUAAUGUCUCAUCACCAAUUGCCAACUAACCAGAAAAUCUUCGAACAAUUAGUCAACGCAUUCUACGACGGACUGAAACAGAAGCUCAUUACAUUGGAUGGUGAUAAUUUGUUAAAAUUUAAAAUUCGUGAAAUUUGCGCGCAUCUCGCACGAACAACACCCCUUGAACUAUACACGUACAUUCGUAACGGUUUACUUCGUGAAAUUCAGGCGUUAAAGGAAGGAAUGCCACAAAAUCCCUACAUGUAUAAUACAGCACUUGUUGGUGGCCAUGUGAAUGGGAUCGGCGGCAUGAAUGCAGGUAAUCCCUAUAUGAGCGCUGUCGGCGUUGGCGUAAGCCACAUCGAUGAUGUGAAUAUGGCCGAAGAUGCGUACGCAUUGCCGGCACGCAUACAGAAAUUAGCCGUCGAUGUUGAGAAUAUGCGUUUGGCCAUACACAAUUUCCAAGGUGAACAGGAUUCGGUAUACAAUUAUUUUAGUGAUUUCAACCAAACACGUGCAAUGAUGUCGGCACAAGAUAUACAGGAACGUGAAAAUCAAUUUAAGGAACAGUAUCUCAUUUUGUCCGAACGCAAGAAGGUUGUUGUCACCGAUUUGCGACGCGUUAUCAACGAAUACGAUAUGAUACAAGAGCAAGUGAUAAUGGCAUUGAAAAUGUGGCAACGCAAUCAGGCUUUGGCUGGCAAUGGUGCGCCAUUCCACGACAAUUUAGAUGAGAUACAACGUUGUAUAGAGAUGUUGGUGGAUAUGAUUACCAAAAUUCAAUUAUACGUUACUAAUCUGCACGCGAUGGGCGAUGAUCCGAUUCUAGCAGAUUUACUAAAUCAUGUACGUUCUACACAGAAAAUUCUGGUAUUGUCAGCUUUUAUAGUGGAACGCCAGCCGCCACAAGUUAUGAAAACACAUACGAGAUUUGCCGCCGCUGUACGAUGGUUGAUUGGCCCACAGCUUGAGAUAUACAGAACUAAUCCAACCAUAGAAUGCGUGAUACUCUCAGAGGCCCAAGCUCAACGGCACGCUGCUCAUAACAGCACUACGGAUAUGCAAACCGCCGCUCCACCGCAGUCUUCUGGUGAAAUUCUAAAUAACGUCAGCUCUAUGGAAUUCCAACAGGCCACACGAGUAUUCUCGGCUAGUUUUAGAAAUAUGCAAUUGAAAAAAAUUAAGCGGGCCGAAAAGAAAGGCACCGAGAGUGUUAUGGACGAGAAGUUCUCUUUACUCUUCUACACAACUGUCGUUUUCAACGAAUUCAAGAUAAGUUGCUGGACACUUUCUUUGCCAGUUGUUGUGAUUGUGCACGGCAAUCAGGAGCCACAAUCCUGGGCCACUAUCACUUGGGAUAAUGCAUUUUCCGAUAUUACGCGUGAACCCUUCCAAGUGCCAGAGAAAGUACGCUGGCAGCAAUUAUCUGUGGCUUUAGAUACGAAGUUUGGUUCGGCGACAGGAAGAAAUUUAACCGAAGAUAAUUUGAACUUUCUAUAUGAGAAACUUUUCCGCAACGAAGCUGGCGAGCAUAAUGAGUUCAUCACGUGGGCACAGUUCUGCAAAGAACCUCUACCAGAUCGAGCCUUUACCUUCUGGGAUUGGUUCUUUGCAAUAAUGAAAUUGACCAAGGAUCAUUUAUUGAAUCUGUGGAAAGAGGGUCUUAUUGUUGGUUUCAUAAACAAGCGCAAGACUUUGGAAGAAAUUUUACCCGUGCAACAAUAUGGCACAUUUUUACUUCGCUUCUCCGAUAGUGAAUUGGGUGGUAUAACUGUGGCUUUUGUCGACGAUCAGGGUAAUAAACUUAUGCUGGCACCUUGGACGUCACGUGAUUUAAAUAUACGUUGUUUGGCGGAUCGCAUACACGAUUUGAACGUUUUGCGUACUGUCUUUCCAAAGAAUCAGGCACGUGAUGAGGCGUUUGGAAACUUCUAUUCACACCACGUCGCAGAACAAACAACACGUGAUGGCUAUGUUCCGAAUACAAUAAGAGCACACGUACCGGCCAUAGAAGGCGGUUCCGUGGUAGGCACUCCUCAGCAUCAACCGCAAGAUAUAUCAAUACCGAAUUUUAGUGAUUUUGAAUCAAUAAUUUAUGAUGGAUGCGGAUAGAUACAUACACACGCAGUGAUAUACAUAUAUACACACGUUAACAAAUUGAUUGAAAGGAAAAGGAAUAAAAUUAAUAACAAUAAAAAACAACAACAACAUAAUUUAUACUAUAAAAUACAUUUUAACUAUUUGCCAUCAUAUAAAGCGUAUACUUGCUUAGAAACUGCGGCUUUUCUAAGAACUUUAUGACUUUUACAACAAAAACAACAACACCGAUUUGCAUAUAUUCACAUAUAACGCAAGCGAGAGUCGAAGAGUUCCUUAGCAAAGUAGGCCAGUGUAUUAGUUAUUAGCAAUCAUUAAUAAUACACACAUUUGUCCACACAAUUAACUACCGUUAUUACAUUGUCGAGCAAUAUUUUUAAAAACUACGUUGCUGUGCAUAUUUAAAAAUUGCUGUCUCUGAGCGACUUGUGAGCCAUCGUUAAACACACAAAAGCAGUGCAAGCAGAAUGCCGCAAUGGUUUGAAGGAGAAAGCAUGUUCAAAACAAGAGUAAACAAAAACACAAAGCGAAAGGAUACUUUGCUGUUUUAUCAUUUUGUAAGCGUAUGUGCACACUUUCAUGUCGCUAGUCGAUGCUGAAUAUGAUAUGAUAUUUACAUUUACCGUUAUGCAUGCUGUACCGCCUUGAAAAUAUAUAUUUAGUCCAUAUCUUCU